AGUUCAAUGCUUGUUCUGUUUUUUAUUUUACGCGUUUUUUAAUCAAUACUUAUAUCACUUUGGUAGUUUUCUCCAUCUAAAAAAACACUAACACCUCAACCAUGCAAGGACAACCUCCCGUCCAUAAUCUACAACAGCAACAUUUCCAUUAUCAACAAAAACAUCAACAACAAAAACAACAACAUCAACAACAACAAAAACAUCAACAACAGCUCCAACAACAAAAACAGUUCCAACAGAAACAGUUCCAACAAAAACAGUUUCAGCAAAAACAGUUCCAACAAAAACAAAUUCAGCAAAAACAGUUGGUUCAACAGCAACAGCCACAACAGCCCCAGCUUCAGCUCCAACUCCAGCUCCAGCAACCGCAGCCUCCCCAACAACCGCAACUCCAACAACAGCAACAACAGCAGCAGCCAGAGCCAAAGAGACUCACUCAAGAGGAACGUCGUAAAAUUGAAGAAAGAUUAAAAUACGCAACAUAUGAAGAACGUAGAGAAUAUUAUAUAAGAGAAUACGCUGAUUUCAUAUAUUAUUCUCCAAGAUAUUACGAUGAUAUUUCUGAAUAUAGACACGUUACUCUACCAAAAGAAAUUGCUCAAUUCUUACCUCCCAAUAAAUUAUUAUCAGAGGAUGAAUGGAGAAGUUAUGGCGUAAUUCAAUCUCAAGGUUGGGAACAUUAUUUAAUUCACUCUCCUGAACCUCACAUCUUACUCUUUAAACGUGAAAAGGAUUAUCAAUUAAAAUAUCCCGUUCCAAAUCAAAAUCAAAAUCCAAAUGAAAAUCCAAAUGAAAAUCCGCAAUAAAUCACGACUCUUGAAUAGUUAGAUAAAUAUAGGGUUCGUAUUUUAUAAUGUGAGAUGGGAAAUGAGAUUAAAAAAUUUUCGUUUUUUUAUAAUUUUAGUUGAUUUUCUUUAUAAAUAAAGAAUGUGAAAUAUUUUAAAUUUUGCGUUAGUCAAAUAAUCAAAUCAAAAUAAUCUUAAUUAACAAUACGUAAACCUUAUUGAUACAUUUUCAAAAUUUUCAAAGGAAUUAUUUGCAAGAUAUAGUUCUUAGAUGUUAGACAAUCCGGUAAACAGUGCGUGAUUCAAAAAAUUUAACAAGGGUUAAUCAAAAAGAGAAUUGUAUUUAUCUACAAUUUAUAUGGAUUUUUACGUGCAAUAUGAGUUCAAUUUCAUGCUAUAAAUGACAUACAAUGCAUUAAGCUCGUGGACAGUAUACGUAUAACAAAUAAAAAG